CCUACUUCCCACACGCACUUCUGCUGCUGCUGCCCCCCCAGUCUGCUGCUUUAAGCUUGGCCUAAUCAUUAGACCCGCCGUCGCUGUGGACUGCCCUUUAGGCGCCUUUGCUUUGCGCGAAACCCCCGACGACCUGGGCCCCGACUCUUGUCGUCUUGUCUCUUUCUGCAAAAGAAAUUUGUGUUGCUGCUCCUUUGACCCGCUGUCACAGCUCCUGUUGGGAUAGCUUCCAUUACCGCUUCUCUCUCUCUCUCUCUUCCCCUCCUCCCCUUCCCUUCCCUUACGGCAUAAUUCACGCCAGAUCCUACCAGAAUGGCUUCCAAGUUCUUAAGAGAAUACAAACUCGUCGUUGUCGGUGGUGGUGGUGUCGGAAAGUCUUGCUUGACUAUUCAAUUGAUCCAGAGCCACUUCGUGGAUGAAUAUGACCCGACAAUUGAAGAUUCCUACCGCAAGCAGUGCGUUAUCGACGAGGAGGUAGCAUUGUUGGACGUUUUAGAUACUGCCGGACAGGAGGAGUACUCGGCGAUGCGUGAACAGUACAUGCGAACCGGCGAAGGCUUCCUUCUCGUCUACUCGAUAACGUCGCGCCAAUCAUUCGAGGAAAUCAUGACUUUCCAACAACAGAUCCUGCGAGUCAAGGAUAAGGACUACUUUCCCAUCAUCGUGGUCGGCAACAAGUGCGAUUUAGAAAAGGAGAGGGCUGUUUCCGAAGAAGAGGGUGAGGCUCUAGCACGGCAGUUCGGCUGCAAGUUCAUCGAGACAUCCGCCAAGUCCCGUAUUAACGUCGAGAACGCUUUCUACGACCUCGUGCGCGAGAUCCGUCGGUUCAACAAAGAGAUGUCAUCGUACCCGUCUGGCGCGGGCGGCGGCUCACGCGCCCCGGAAGGAAAAAUGGACGUCAGCGAGCCUGGCGAUGACGCCGGCUGCUGUGGAAAAUGUAUAAUUAUGUAAUGGGACAGGCGUUGGAUCUAAAAGAAUACAUACAGGUCGAGAUACGGAAGGAAAGCAAAAACACAUACAUUCACUCCCGGCUGGAAAGAGAGGUCAGCAACAGAGACGGGCCACUUG